AUGAUUUCCAGAACCGCUAGAUUGUGCUCUUCUGCACAAAGAUUCAAUGUUAGAGCCUUCUCCUCAAGUUUGGGUGUUAGAGGCUCCGAGUUGAGAAAUGACAUUAAGGUUACACAGGGUAAAGAUGAUGAACAACUCGAAAUCAGCGUUAAGCCAAUCCCAAGAAUCAAUGAACCAUUAGAAACUAAAAGAGCGAGAUUGUUGUAUCAGUCCCGUAAGAGAGGUAUAUUGGAAAGUGACUUGUUGCUUUCCCGAUUUGCUGCAAAGUAUUUGAAAGGCAUGUCUGAGGAAGAAUUGUUAGAAUAUGACAGAUUAUUAGAUUUGCCAGAUUGGGAUAUUUACUACUGGGCAACCAACAACUUUGAAAUCACCCCUUUGAAAGAUGAAUGGAAAGACAGUAAAAUUUUGAAAAUGUUACAAGAAUUCAGUGUUAAUAGACAGAAAGAAAUUUUGAGAAUGCCAGAGUUGAAAGAGUAUAAAUGA